GAUCACUCGACAUGCGACGUCUGCUAGCUGUACUUGUUGUCGUGUUGCCGCUAGCGUCGUCGACUGGCAAGACACCCCGAUUUGAUCUCAACCGCUACCAUGACUUCCCCGAGUUCGAGAGGUACAUCCGCGGGGUGGCAGUGAUGAACCCCGAUAUUGUGUCAUUACGAAUGAUCGGAUAUAGCCACGAGAAUCGUCCUUUAUUGGGACUAAAGAUUGGACGUGCAACAAAUUAUACAAAACCAGCUGUUUGGCUUGACGGAGGUAAUCAUGCUCGAGAAUGGCCUGCAUUCCAUGUGGCGGUGUAUUUUAUUGAACAACUCGUCAAUAACUACCGGGUAGAUGAGAAAAUUACCGCUUACCUCAAUCUGCUGGACAUCUACGUGUUUCCUGUUCUGAAUCCUGAUGGUUUCAUAUUUUCUCGCUCAUCGACGAGGGCCACGAUUCGACAAUGGCGCAAAAACCGUGCGCCGUCAAAUUGCAGUGGCUGGACGGUGCUGUCGAAAGACGUCUGCUGUGAGGGUGUGGAUCUGAACAGAAAUUAUGACAUGGAAUUUUCGCAGGACAACUAUCCAUUCAAUAACCCGUGUUCAGACGAGUUUCAAGGUCCAUUCCCAUUCAGCGAGCCAGAAACGAGGGCAGUACGUGACUUUAUAACGUCAAAAGAAGUAUUUGGCCGCUUGCAUGCAUUGGUUUCCAUGCAUACUCAUGGGCAACUUUGGAUACUUCCCUAUAAUUAUCACAAACGGACGUACCCGGAAGAUUUUAAAGACUUGGAACGACUGGCCAAAAAAGCAGCAGAUAGGGUGUAUGCCUAUCGAGAAACGAAGUAUCGUGUCGGCACUGCCGCAGAUAUGCUAGGAACUGCAACGGGUGGUGCAACCGACUGGAUCAAGAAGAACACUCCGACCAAAUACGUUUAUGUGCUGGAACUGCCACCUGAUAUGUCCACUUGGUUCGCUUUCCAAAUCCGACCUCAUUGGUUGGUUCCAAUUAGCAAAGAAACGUGGAUCGGAAUACAGGUAGUUAUCGACCAGGUUAUUGAAGAAACAAUCACUGAACCAAUGCGCAAAGCCUCCUUGGCUAGAGCUGCUCAUUAGAUCUCCAUUCUACUGCUUUUACUUCAACAGUUAGCUGCAGUUGCGUCUCAUUCCGGCCGUCGUUUUGUUUUCUCCACCUGUCCCAUAUAUGCUUUCUUCUAAGCUUGUGCAUCUUCGCAACAAUGGCGAUUCAUUUUCGAACGGAUGUACUCUCUAAUGUUGCCGUAGUCUACCUAUUAUCCAAGAUAAUAGAGCGCAAAACCAGUCCGAAAUUGGACACUAUAGCCAAUCAGCUCAAUCACACUUUAUAAGAGAAUCGCUGCAACAUACGGGUACAAACGAGAACUUCUCUAGGGUUUGGAUAUCAUUUAGGAGAAUGAGACAAUGGGAACGUAACACAGAGCACCUUAUAAUUUUGUCGUGAAUUUUGUGAGUUUUCAACGCUUUAUUCAAACAAGAGAGAUGUUAUAUAUCUCCAGUUUGUAACUUCUGUUCUGUAAUGUAUCCUACCUCUAGCAGCUCUUUCUCAUUUUCCUUUUCUUUUCUCCAUUUCUUUCUAGAAACUUUCCAACUUCAGAAGAAAGACAUGUUUAUUGAGAAUGAUGUCUGUAAACGCAUACUUUGUAAAUGGCAGACAAACGGGUUUCAUUCCCUCAACUUUUCUUUUCGCAUCCUUGUGU